AUGGCCAAGGUUCAUCCUCUAACAGUAGUCACCAAUACUGAAGAUGUUUCUUCAAGUACAUCUUCUUACAAGAACUACAUUACUUCGAAGAGAGAAACAUUCACGGUAUGGAUGAAAUCGCUUUUGAUGCAAGGAAAUGGAUGCACAGCCUUCGACGAAAAUGGUGAGAUCGUUUAUCGCAUCGAUAACUACGACGACAAGCACAGCAAUGAAGUCUUCCUCAUGGAUCUCCGCGGCAAGGUUCUCUUCACUCUAUGUGAGCACAGAAUGGGAGUGUUUUCGCGUUGGAAAGGCUACGGCACCAACGGGGCUAAGCCAAUGUUUCGAGUGAGAAAGAGUUGCAGAUCAAUCUUCGGAAACAAAGAGUACUGUAGUAAGUCGUACAAAGUAAGCAUGGUCGACGGAAGUUGCUACAGGUUACAAGGAUUGGCAGCUGGAAAAUCAGCAGCGUUCAGAAUAACUGACAGUAACGGAAGAGUUAUGGCGGAGGCAAAGCGAAAGCAAUCAUCGUCAGGUGUUGUGUUGGGAGAUGACAUUUUGAGUUUGGUAGUGGAGCCUCAUGUAGAUCAUUCUUUCAUCAUGGCUCUUGUCACUGUUUAUGGCUUAAUCAAGCGUCAAAUAUGA